CACUGUGUAACUGCCCUUAUCAGCCAUGCCCAAUUUAGAAAUAGACUACCAGUAUCUGAAAUCUCCCGUGGGGAUCCUGCGCUUUGCCCAGGUCUUCUUCUCCUGCACCUCCUUUAGUUUGGUGGCCAGCGUUAACUCAUAUGGCAACACCUAUGGGAGCUGGAGCAUGUUCACCUGGUGCUUCUGCUUCGCCGUCACUAUAAUAAUAAUAGCGCUGGAGGUAACAAGCUUUUGCCGCCGUGUCCCCAUCUCUUGGGAGGAUUUCACCUCAGCCUUCUCCAUGCUGGCCACACUUAUGCUCUUCACUACUUCCAUCAUGUAUCCGUCUGUCUUCCUCAGGGGUGGGUGCAGCGGCCGCAUCUGCGGCUGUCGUGGGGCAGCUACAGCCACCUCCAUCUUGUGCUUCUUUGCUUACGCCGCAGAAGUAGGCCUGACUCGGGCCAAACCUGGGGAGGUUGGUGGGUUUCUCUCCACGGUGCCUGGGUUACUCAAGGUCUUACAGUCCUACGUGGCUUGUUUGAUCUUCUCCCUCCUUCCAAGCAUUCCUUAUGGGAACACGGGUGGACUCCAGUGGUGUGUCGCUGUUUACUCCAUCUGCUUCAUUUUCACCACCCUUAUCGUUUUCCUCACCAUCGGGGGUCUUUUGGCAUUUCUAUCCCAGCACCUUGAGAAGGCCCUCAUCGGAUACAACAUCCUGUGUGUAGCCAUGUACAUCACCGUGGCCAUCAUCUGGCCUUAUUUCUUUUUCAAGGACACCCCAAGCAGGCCAGACACUUGUCAGCUUGUCAGUGGAUGCAAAUGGGACAAUGCCCUCGGAGUGACAUUCCUCACCUACUUCAACCUAGUGGCUUACAUUGUAGACUUGGUGUACUCCUUCAAAAUGGUUUUCAUCACUGUCCCGGCCUAAAUUCUCCCAUUCGAACCAGACAAAGCUUUACUUUGUUUUUAUUCAUCCCCAAAAAAAGGUAAAAUUCCUGCAACACAUGGUAUUAAAUUGUUAUGUAAUUGCAUUCUGUCACGCCUAUCACAUGGCCUCUGGGGGGCACUGUUUCCUUGAAGUGUAGAGAUCAUAUCAUUUCUACUAUCCCACUGAUUGUUGCUUCUUACUUUAGAAGGACAUUGGGGCACUGCCACUGCAUAAAUCUUGUGACGUAGACCAGGUUACUAGGGAUGCUUUGCAAUUGGUCUUCUUUUAUUUUAGAAUUUCUGAAUUAUUUAAUGGAAGCUUUCCUAUUUGCACUGGUUGCUAAGGUAACAGUUGUUCUAGAAAUUGGACUGUGGUUAAAAUGGCAGCCUGCAGAGUUGGCCUGGGCAUCCUACAGCCCACCACAGAACCUGCCAGACAGUGGCACUAGUGUCCCCUUAAUGUUUUUUUUUUUCUUUUUACAAAAUUCUGUGUCAGUGGUUUUGUGAUGGCAGGUAGUGAUUGGAGGAGAGUUCUGUCCAAUCAUUGGGCUGCAAGUAAGAGGGCCAGCAGAUAUGGAAGGGACAGAGCGAGAGACAGGAGAGUGAGAGGAGAGCUAAAGGCAGGGGUUCUUAAAUAGUGGGGUUUCCCUAUUGUGGGAGCUGGGGGGGGGCUCAGUCUGGGGCAGGGGUUCUUAAAUAGUGGAGUUUCCC